AAGAAUUAAAAAUGGCCGAGAACGUGGUGGAACCCGGGCCGCCCUCGGCCAAGCGGCCUAAACUCUCCUCCCCGGCCCUGUCGGCGUCGGCCAGCGACGGCACAGAUUUUGGCUCUCUCUUUGACUUGGAGCACGACUUACCAGAUGAAUUGAUCAACUCGACAGAACUGGGACUAACCAAUGGUGGUGACAUUAAUCAGCUUCAGACAAGUCUUGGCAUUGUGCAAGAUGCAGCCUCUAAACACAAACAGUUGUCAGAAUUGCUUCGGUCCGGUAGUUCCCCGAACCUCAAUAUGGGGGUUGGUGGCCCAGGCCAAGGUAUGGCUAGCCAGGCCCAACAGAACAGUCCUGGAUUAGGAUUGAUAAAUAGCAUGGUCAAAAGCCCGAUGACACAGGCAGGCUUGACCUCUCCCAACAUGGGGAUGGGCACCAGCGGACCAAAUCAGGGUCCCGCACCUUCUGCAACAGGUCUUAUGAACAGUCCAGUAAAUCAGCCUGCCAUGGGAAUGAACACAGGGAUGAAUGCUGGCAUGAAUCCUGGAAUGUUGACUGCAGGCAAUGGGCAGGGGAUGAUGCCCAAUCAAGUCAUGAACGGCUCCAUUGGAUCGGGCCGGGGGCGACCAAAUAUGCAGUAUCCAAACCCAGGCAUGGGAAAUGCCGGCAGCCUGAUGACAGAACCGAUGCAGCAAGGCUCACCGCAGAUGGGUGGCCAGACGGGCUUGAGAGGCCCCCAGCCCAUGAAGAUGGGGAUGAUGAACAAUCCUAAUCCCUAUGGGUCACCAUACACUCAGAAUUCUGGACAGCAGAUCACCGCCAGUGGCCUCGGCCUCCAGAUUCAGACAAAGCCGGUACUUCCAAAUAGCCUGUCUUCAUUUGCAAUGGACAAAAAACCAGUUCCUGGUGGAGGGAUGCCCAACAUGGGCCAGCAGCAGGCUCCACAGGUCCAACAGCCAGGCCUGGUGAAUCCAGUAGCCCAAGGGAUGGGAUCUGGGGCCCACACCGCAGACCCUGAGAAGCGGAAGCUGAUCCAGCAGCAGCUGGUUCUCCUGUUGCAUGCCCAUAAGUGUCAGCGCCGGGAACAGGCCAAUGGUGAGGUGAGGCAGUGCAACCUCCCACACUGUCGCACCAUGAAGAAUGUCCUCAACCACAUGACCCACUGCCAGUCGGGCAAGUCCUGCCAAGUGGCACACUGUGCAUCUUCUCGACAAAUCAUUUCACAUUGGAAGAAUUGUACAAGGCAUGAUUGUCCUGUGUGUCUUCCUCUUAAGAAUGCUGGGGAUAAGCGAAAUCAACAGUCAAUUCUAACUGGAGCACCAGUAGGGCUUGGAAAUACCAGCUCUCUUGGGGUUGGGCAGCAAACUGCUCCUAGCCUAAGCACUGUUGAUCCCAGCUCUAUAGAAAGAGCCUAUGCAGCUCUAGGACUCCCCUAUCAAGUUAAUCAGAUGCAGACACAGCCCCAGGUACAAGCUAAGAACCAGCCAAAUCAGCAGUCUGGGCAAUCUCCUCAAGGCAUGCGGCCCAUGAGCAACAUCAGUAAUAACCCUAUGGGAGUGAAUGGAGGUGUGGGCGUUCAACCAUCAAGUCUUCUUUCUGACCCAAUGCUGCAUUCAGCCAUAAAUUCUCAGAACCCGAUGAUGAAUGAAAAUGCCAAUGUGGCCUCCCUGGGUCCUAUGCCAACAGCAGCUCAGCCAUCCAGUACUGGAAUUCGGAAACAGUGGCAUGAAGAUAUAACCCAGGAUCUUCGAAAUCACCUUGUUCAUAAACUUGUUCAAGCCAUAUUUCCCACUCCUGAUCCGGCUGCUUUAAAAGACAGAAGGAUGGAAAACCUGGUUGCGUAUGCCCGGAAAGUGGAGGGGGACAUGUAUGAAUCUGCGAACAACCGAGCGGAGUACUAUCAUCUGCUAGCUGAGAAGAUCUAUAAGAUCCAAAAAGAACUCGAGGAAAAACGAAGGACAAGAUUGCAAAAACAGAAUAUGCUACCAAAUGCUGCAGGCAUGGUUUCUAUGAACCCAGGACCUAACAUGGGGCAACCACAACCAGGAAUGACUACAAAUGGUCCUCUCCCUGAUCCUAUGAUCCGUGCUGGUGUGCCAAACCAGAUGAUGUCUCGAAUGCCUCCACAGUCUGGUUUGAAUCAAUUUGGCCAAAUGAGUAUGCCCCAACCCCCUAUCGGACCCAGGCAAACCUCUCCUCUUCAGCACCAUGGACAGUUAGCUCAGCCUGGAGCACUCAAUCCACCGAUGGGCUACGGACCUCGGAUGCAGCAGCCUCCAAGCCAGAGCCAAUUCCUUUCCCAGCCUCAGUUCCCGGCACAGGGAAUGAAUGUAACAAAUAUGCCUUUGGCUGCAUCUGGCGGUCAAGUACCAGUGUCUCAAGCACAAAUGUCCAGCAGUUCUUGUCCUGUGAAUUCGCCUAUCAUGCCUCCAGGGUCUCAGGGGAGCCACAUUCACUGUCCACCUCUGCCUCAGUCAGCACUGCACCAGAACUCACCAUCUCCUGUGCCUAGUCGCACCCCUACUCCUCACCACACUCCCCCGAGCAUCGGGUCACAGCAGCCACCAGCAACAGCAAUUCCAGCUCCUGUUCCAACACCUCCAGCCAUAUCAUCUGGGCCGCAGUCCCAGACCCUACACCCACCUCGUCAGACGCCUACUCCGCCAACGGCGCAACUUCCUCCUCAAGUGCAGCCUUCGCUCCCUGCUGCUGCCUCUGCUGACCCCACUCAGCAGCAGCCCCUCUCCCAGCAGAGCACAGCUGCAUCUGUGCCCACUCCGACAGCGCCACUGCUGCCUCCACAGCCUGCAACUCCACUUUCUCAACCAGCUGUAAGUAUUGAGGGGCAGGUCUCAAACCCUCCAUCUACAAGUAGCACAGAAGUGAAUUCUCAGACUGUUCCUGAAAAGCAGCCUUCGCAGGAAGUUAAAAUAGAGGCCAAGAUGGAAGUGGAUCAACAGCCAGAACCAGCAGAGACUCAGCCAGAGGAUAUUUCUGAGACUAAGACAGAAGACUGUAAAAUGGAACCUACAGAAACGGAAGUGAGAAGCACUGAACUAAAACCUGAAACGAAAGAGGAGGAAGACCCCCCAAGUACUUCGGCAACCCAGUCCUCGCCAGCCCCCGGACAGUCCAAGAAGAAGAUUUUCAAGCCGGAAGAGUUACGACAGGCAUUGAUGCCAACCUUGGAGGCACUCUACCGGCAGGAUCCUGAAUCUCUUCCCUUCCGCCAACCUGUGGACCCUCAGCUUCUAGGAAUCCCUGAUUACUUUGAUAUUGUGAAGAGCCCUAUGGAUCUUUCUACCAUUAAGAGGAAGUUAGACACUGGACAGUAUCAGGAACCCUGGCAAUAUGUGGAUGACAUUUGGCUUAUGUUCAACAAUGCCUGGUUAUAUAACAGAAAAACAUCUCGUGUAUAUAAAUACUGCUCCAAACUAUCUGAGGUCUUUGAACAAGAAAUUGACCCAGUGAUGCAGAGCCUUGGAUAUUGUUGUGGGAGAAAGUUGGAGUUUUCUCCACAGACACUUUGUUGUUAUGGCAAACAGUUAUGCACAAUACCUCGUGAUGCCACUUAUUACAGUUACCAGAACAGGUAUCAUUUCUGUGAGAAGUGUUUCAAUGAAAUCCAAGGGGAGAGCGUUUCCUUGGGGGAUGACCCUUCCCAGCCUCAAACUACAAUAAAUAAAGAACAAUUUUCCAAGAGAAAAAAUGAUACACUGGAUCCAGAACUGUUUGUUGAAUGUACAGAAUGUGGAAGAAAAAUGCAUCAGAUAUGUGUCCUACACCAUGAAAUCAUCUGGCCAACUGGAUUUGUCUGUGAUGGCUGUUUAAAGAAAACUGCAAGAACUAGGAAAGAAAACAAGUUUUCUGCUAAAAGGUUGCCCCCUACUAGACUUGGCACUUUCUUAGAGAACCGGGUGAAUGACUUUUUGAGGCGACAGAAUCAUCCUGAGUCAGGAGAGGUCACUGUUCGGGUAGUUCAUGCUUCUGACAAAACUGUGGAAGUCAAACCAGGCAUGAAAGCAAGGUUUGUGGAUAGUGGUGAAAUGGCGGAAUCCUUUCCGUAUCGAACCAAAGCCCUCUUUGCCUUUGAGGAGAUUGAUGGUGUCGACCUGUGCUUCUUUGGAAUGCAUGUCCAGGAGUAUGGCUCUGAUUGUCCACCACCCAACCAGAGGCGAGUAUACAUAUCAUACCUUGAUAGUGUUCACUUCUUCCGCCCUAAAUGUUUGAGGACUGCAGUCUACCAUGAAAUUCUAAUUGGAUAUUUGGAAUACGUCAAGAAAUUAGGAUACACAACAGGGCAUAUUUGGGCCUGUCCCCCAAGUGAAGGAGAUGACUAUAUUUUCCAUUGCCAUCCUCCAGACCAGAAGAUACCCAAGCCUAAGCGACUACAGGAAUGGUAUAAAAAGAUGCUUGACAAGGCUGCAUCUGAGAGAAUUGUUCAUGACUAUAAGGAUAUUUUUAAACAAGCUACUGAAGAUCGAUUAACAAGUGCCAAGGAAUUGCCUUACUUUGAGGGUGAUUUCUGGCCCAAUGUUCUUGAAGAAAGCAUUAAGGAACUUGAGCAGGAAGAGGAAGAACGAAAGCGGGAGGAAAACACAAGCAAUGAGAGCACAGACGUGACAAAGGGAGACAGCAAAAAUGCAAAGAAAAAGAAUAAUAAGAAAACCAGUAAAAACAAAAGCAGCUUGAGUCGGGGCAAUAAGAAGAAGCCUGGCAUGCCCAACGUGUCCAAUGAUCUCUCACAGAAAUUGUAUGCAACCAUGGAGAAACACAAAGAGGUCUUCUUUGUCAUCCGUCUCACCUCUAGCCCUAAUGCCAAUUCCAUGCCUCCCAUUGUUGACCCGGACCCCCUCAUUCCCUGUGACCUGAUGGACGGGCGGGAUGCCUUCCUCACUCUGGCCCGCGACAAGCACUUGGAGUUCUCUUCACUGCGAAGGGCACAGUGGUCCACCAUGUGCAUGCUGGUAGAGCUCCACACCCAGAGCCAGGACCGCUUCGUCUACACCUGCAACGAGUGCAAGCACCAUGUAGAGACACGCUGGCACUGUACUGUCUGCGAGGACUAUGACUUGUGUAUCACCUGCUAUAACACUAAGAACCACGACCACAAGAUGGAAAAGCUCGGCCUAGGCCUGGACGACGAGAGCAACAACCAACAGGCUGUAGCCACACAGAGCCCGGGCGACUCGCGCCGCCUCAGCAUCCAGCGCUGCAUCCAGUCUCUGGUGCAUGCCUGCCAGUGCCGCAAUGCCAACUGCUCGCUGCCAUCCUGCCAGAAGAUGAAGCGCGUGGUGCAGCACACCAAGGGUUGCAAGCGGAAAACCAAUGGCGGUUGCCCCAUCUGCAAGCAGCUCAUCGCCCUCUGCUGCUACCAUGCCAAGCACUGCCAGGAAAACAAGUGUCCGGUGCCCUUCUGCUUAAAUAUCAAGCAGAAGCUCCGGCAGCAGCAGCUACAGCACCGGCUUCAGCAGGCCCAGAUGCUGCGCAGGAGGAUGGCCAGUAUGCAGCGCACGGGGGUGGUCGGGCAGCAGCAGGGCCUGCCCUCCCCCACCCCUGCCACGCCAACCACGCCUACUGCACAGCAGCCAACCACCCCCCAGACACCGCAGCCUCCCCCUGCGCAGCCACAGCCCACUCCUCCCAAUAGCAUGCCGCCCUACAUGCCCAGGACUCAAGCAGCUGUCCCUGUGUCCCAGGGGAAGGCGCCAGGCCAGGUGACCCCACCAACGCCUCCUCAAACUGCACAGCCACCCCUUCCGGGUCCCCCACCAGCAGCGGUAGAAAUGGCCAUGCAGAUUCAGCGAGCAGCAGAGACACAGCGCCAGAUGGCCCAGGUGCAGAUCUUCCAAAGGCCCAUCCAGCACCAGAUGCCGCAGAUGGCCCCCAUGGCCCCCAUGGGCAUGAACCCACCACCCAUGGCCAGAGGUCCCAGCGGGCAUUUGGAAGCGGGGAUGGGACCUGCAGGGAUGCAGCAGCAGCCACCUUGGGCCCAGGGAGGACUGCCUCAAGCCCAGCCACUCCAGUCCGGAAUGCCACGGCCAGCGAUGAUGUCUGUGUCCCAGCAUGGGCAGCCUUUGAACAUGGCUCCGCAGCCAGGACUGGGCCAGGUUGGCAUGAACCCCCUAAAGACAGGCACUGUGUCUCAACAAGCCUUACAGAACCUUCUGCGGACUCUCAGGUCUCCCAGCUCGCCCCUACAGCAGCAACAGGUGCUCAGUAUUCUUCAUGCCAACCCCCAGCUGUUGGCUGCGUUCAUCAAGCAGCGGGCUGCCAAGUAUGCCAACUCGAAUCCACAGCCCCUCCCUGGGCAGCCUGGCCUGCCCCAGGGCCAGCCUGGGCUGCAGCCUCCGGCCAUGCCCGCGCAGCAGGGUGUCCACUCCAGUCCCACCAUGCAAAACAUGAACCCUAUGCAGGCAGGUGUCCCCCGCGCUGGCCUGCCCCCACAGCCCCCACAACAGCAGCUGCAGCCGCCCAUGGGUGGUCUGAGCCCCCAGGCACAGCAGAUGAACAUGAACCACGGCGCCAUGCCCUCGCAGUUCCGGGACAUCCUGAGACGGCAGCAGCAGCCAGGGGCAGGCCCAGGCCUCGGUCCUGGGAUGGCCAACCACAGCCAGUUUCAGCAGCCCCAAGGUGUGGGCUACUCCCCACAGCAGCAGCAGCAGCAGCAGCGAUUGCAGCACCACAUGCAGCAGAUGCAGCAGGGCAGCAUGGGACAGAUGGGCCAGCUCCCCCAGGCCUUGGCAGGAGACGCGGGCAGUCUACAGGCCUAUCAGCAGCGACUCCUCCAGCAGCAAAUGGGGUCGCCUGCUCAGCCCAACCCCAUGAGUCCCCAACAGCACAUGCUCCCAAACCAGGCCCAGUCACCGCACCUGCAAGGCCAGCAGAUCCCGUCUCUUUCCAAUCAAGUGCGCUCUCCUCAGCCUGUCCCUUCACCGCGGCCACAAUCCCAGCCCCCCCACUCCAGCCCUUCCCCAAGGAUGCAACCGCAACCUUCUCCACACCACGUCUCCCCACAGACCAGUUCCCCACACCCCGGACUAGUAGCUGCCCAGGCCAAUCCUAUGGAACAAGGGCAUUUUGCCAGCCCGGACCAGAAUUCUAUGCUUUCUCAGCUUGCUAACAAUCCAGGCAUGGCAAACCUCCAUGGUGCAAGUGCCACGGACCUGGGCCUCAGCACCGAGAACUCAGACUUGAAUCCGAACCUUUCACAGAGUACACUAGACAUACACUAGAGACACCUUGUAGUAUUUUGGGAGCAAAAAAGUUAUUUUCUCUUAAUAAGACUUUUUGUACUGAAAACAAUUUUUUGAAUCUUUCUUAGCCUAAAUGACAAUUUUCCUUGGAACAUAUAAGGACUGCAUUAGGUCUGUUUGUGGUUAAAACAAACAUGCAAGAGAACCUGAGGGACGAUAGAUUACAAAGAAUAUAUUUUUGUUAUGGCUGGUUCCUCUCAGCCUUUUUUUUCCCUUGUGUGUGUGGUUCAAGUGUGCACUGGGAGGAGGCUGAGGUCUGUGAUGCCAACCACAUGCUCCUGCCUUGCACCUCCAAUAGGUUUUAUUAUUUUUUUUAAAUUAAUGAAAAUAUGUAAUAUUAAUAGUUAUUAUUUACUGGUGCAGAUGGUUGACAUUUUUCCCUGUUUUCCUCACUUUAUU